CGAUCGAGCAGCAAGCGCCUAAGUGACGUUCUGCAUAAUUAACCGGUGGAGUGUUAGGAGAAGAAAAUUUCUUAUUGUCUAUAAGAUCCUGACAACUUGAACCCAAAAAUAACUUGAAUAUAAACGAUACCCCUCUUACGGGGUUAAGCCUGCAGACAUUGGGCGAAUUGCUAGUAAACACGUAAAAGUGACCGUUUCCGAAAAGGGUCAAGCCACCCCAGAGCGAGAUCGCCAGCGAACGGUCACUGUCAAAAGUGUUCAAAACAGCAUGAAUCAUGUAAAUGGGAAACAAGAAGAGGCUAUGGAAAUAUCUAGAGAUGAGUCACUAGAUAGAAGUAAUAACACAAUGGCAAACGCUGUGAAUGGCGAAGUGGAUGAGAACGGUGAGAAUCCUGGCCAGCCGGUGGAGGAGGAGAUGGAAGAAGAUGACAGUAAAGCAGAGGCCACAUUCAGCUUUACUGUGGAUAACAUCAGCAAGCUCAAAGAAUCUGUUCUUAGUCCGAAGUGCAUGGUCAGAAACUUACCCUGGAAAAUUAUGGCGAUGCAGAGAAUCAACCACAGUGCAGAGAAACACAAUCAGAAGAGCUUGGGAUUUUUCCUACAGUGCAAUGCAGAGUCGGAUUCCACAUCCUGGUCCUGUAAUGCUGCGGCAGAACUGAAGAUACUAAACCAAAAACCCAGUGGAGAUGACUUUGUCAGAAAGAUCCAGCAUUUGUUUUAUAGUAAGGAGAAUGACUGGGGCUACAGCCAUUUUCUGCCAUGGAAUGAUCUUCUUGAGCCAGACAAAGGCUACUGUAAGGAUGACAAGGUCACGCUGCAGGUUCACGUGAUUGCAGAUGCUCCACAUGGGGUCAGUUGGGAUUCCAAAAAGCACACUGGGUUUGUUGGCCUGAAGAACCAAGGGGCCACAUGCUACAUGAACUCUCUCUUACAGACACUCUUCUUCACAAACAAACUCAGAAAGGCUGUGUACCUGAUGCCAACAGAGAGUGAUGACCCUACCAAGAGUGUACCUCUCGCCUUACAGAGGGUUUUCCACGAGCUGCAGUUCUCAGAUGCAGCUGUUGGAACUAAAAAACUUACUAAAUCUUUUGGAUGGGAAACAUUUGACACAUUUAUGCAGCAUGAUGUUCAAGAAUUGUGUAGAGUUCUCCUUGAAAACAUGGAAAGCAAAAUGAAAAACACAUGUGUGGAUGGAACCAUUCCAAAACUGUUUGAGGGCAAAAUGUUGUCAUACAUCCGUUGUAAACAUGUCAACUACUGUUCACAAAAAGAAGAAGCCUUCUAUGACAUCCAGCUUAAUGUUAAAGGAAUGAAAAAUGUGAUAGAGUCGUUCAAGGAGUACAUCACUGUAGAAUCUCUGGACGGGGAGAACAAGUAUGAUGCAGGUCAACAUGGUUUGCAGGAAGCUGAGAAGGGUGUGAUAUUCAAGCACCUUCCCCCUGUCCUACACCUUCAUCUACUGCGCUUUAUGUACGACCCAUCAUCUGAUGCCAAUGUCAAAAUCAAUGACAGGUAUGAAUUCCCGGAGCGUCUGGACCUGGAGCCAUAUCUGGAGAAGAAAGAGAAGACGCCGGCCAUAUACAUCCUGCACGCGGUACUUGUGCACAGUGGCGACAACCAUGGCGGGCAUUAUGUUGUUUACAUCUCACCCAAGGGAGAUGGCAAGUACUGCAAAUUUGAUGAUGAUGUAGUCUCAAAGUGCACCCGACAAGAAGCAUUGGACAGGAACUUUGGCGGUCAUGAUGACGACAUCUCAGUGAAACACUGCACCAACGCUUACAUGUUGGUCUAUAUCAGGGAAAGCCUUAAAGAUGAAAUCUUGUGUUCAGUAACAGAAGAUAAUAUUCCAACAUCACUCAAAGACAGACUGGCAGAAGAAAGGCGUAUAGAGGCCCAAAAGCGUCAGGAGCGUAAGGAGGCCCAUCUGUACAUGAACGUGCAGGUUGUCACGGAGGACUACUUCUACGGCCACCAGGGUACAGAUCUCUUCGACCUUGAGAAGGCCAACUUCAGAAACUUCAGGGUGAAAAAGUCCGCAACACUAAAAGACUUCCUAGAAAUGUUGGCUGAAAAUCUGAAAUACCCAGUCCAGCAGCUGCGCCCAUGGCCUUUCCAAGCCCGACAAAACCAGACAUACAGACCCACACUCUUAGAUAUAGAAGCAGAUAUAAACAAAAUUGUACAGGACCUAGCAGAGGAGGGUCCCUGGACACUGUUUGUAGAAACACUGAAUCCGGAGAGCUCGCUACAGAGGCUUCCACACUUUGACAAAGACAGUGAUGUGUUGUUAUUUCUGAAGAUGUAUGAUCCAAGGACCAAAACCACCAACUACUGUGGCCAUGAAUAUGUGCCCAUAGCUGCUAAAGGCUCUGAGUUGAUGCCUGAAUUAAACAAGAGGGCUGGCUGGCCAGUAGAUACACCACUUCUCUUGUUUGAGGAGGUGAAGCCUAACCUGUUAGAGAUGUUGCCCAACUCAGACCUGCCAAUGGAGAAGAUGUUGGAGGAGCUGAUGGAUGGGGACAUCAUCGUCUUCCAGAAGGACGAGCCGGACCUGGACUCGUUUGACCUGCCCACCGCCAAGGACUACUUCAGAGACCUCUUUUACCGAAUUGAAAUUACUUUCUGUGAUAAAAAUGUGAUAAAUGACCCCGGGUUUUCCCUGGAGCUCUCAUCCCGCAUGAACUAUGACCAGAUGGCCAACGGUGUGGCCAAGUACCUAGGCACAGACCCAUACUUGCUGCAGUUUUUCAAAGUUCAGGCGUACAGGGAUGGUCCAGGGAACCCCAUACGGUGCACAUUUGAGGGCACCUUGAAAGACCUUGUCUCAUUUAACAAGCCAAAACCUAGGAAGUUGUACUACCAACAGUUGAAUAUUCGUAUAAACGAGUUGGAAAAUAAGCGCCAGUUCAAGUGUAUAUAUGUAAAUAGUAAACUCAAGGAGGAGAAAGAGCUAGUGUUGUACCCGGACAAGACUGGGAAGGUGUGUGACCUGCUGGAGGAGGCCAAAAAACAGAUCAACGUCACAGAGUCAGGCACUCUCAGGUUGUUGGAGGUGAUAGGGUGUAAGAUCUACUCUAUCCAGCUGGAGGACAUGUCUCUAGAGAUGCUCACGGGGACAGGGACGAAGGCCCUCCGGGUGGAGGAGAUUCCCAAAGAGGAGGUGAACCUCGCUGCUGAUGAAGUCCUCAUACAUGUUGCUCAUUUUCACAAGGAAGUGUUCUCAACAUUUGGUGUCCCAUUUUUACUGAAAAUUAAAAAUAGUGAAAAGUUUUCAUCUGUGAAGGACAGAAUCCAAAAACGUUUAGAUGUCCCAGAGAAAGAGUUUGAAAAGUACAAGUUUGCUGUGAUUGUGAUGGGCAAGGUGGAGUACAUAUCUGACGAGGACCAGGACCUCAAAGUGAACAUCUCACAGUUCUUUCCACACUUACAUGCAGGUGGGAAUAUGCAAUCACGGCCUUGGUUGGGACUAGACCAUGUGAACAAGACCCCAAAGAGAUCUCGUGUAGGAAAUUACUUGGAGAAAACCAUCAAGAUCUACAACUGAUCAGCGGGACUGAAUACAUCAGAGUUUUAUCCCCUGGCUGAGGUGACAAGGUCCCUGGCUGGCUCUGUGAGAGACUGAGAAAAGAUUGCCUAUUGGUUUCUAUGGCAGCACUGUGUUUUAGUACAACUAGAUAUCUUAAUGGAGAUUUUGUUACUGUUGUGAAUUUUUUAAGUAUUACUCUAAGUAUUUAUCCUUAGUUUCACCAAUCAUCAAGGAAGGUUUAGUAGUACUCGGUUGUAAUAAAGGCAAAUAAGAACAAAUACUAUUGAAAACACAAACAUUUCCCGCGUAUUUCUCAGAAAUACAUAACCCCAUGCUAUGUACAAUAGCGUCUUAUAACUAGUCAUUUCCUGAACUAGACAGUUGGUAGGUUAUGUUCUAGCUCUGAUAUUUUUGUUUGUUUGAUAUUCAUCUGACAAAUGUAUCGAAAUAUAAUAUGAACACAGACUUAGAAAUAAUGAUAGUUAUUAUCACACAUACUUUUAGUUGUGAGGUACAUGUAUUUAAUUUUCCAUGAGAGUGCAAUACAUUGGUAGACCUCACAUAGGUAGAUGUGCAAUGGAAGAUGUAUUCUGUCAAAAUUCUUUAUUUAAUUGGUACUAAAAUGGUACUGAAAUGAGUUUCAGAUAAAAUUAAUUGAAAAGUGUUCGAAUAUAAUUGAUAGAUUCAUUGUUCUACUUUACCGACUCAUUUUUGUGAUGUUUUUUGCAGCUUUGAACAUCAAUGUUAUCAAUUUCAAUAAAAACGACCUUGGGAUUAUUAUUAAGUCGUAGAUGCCAUUAUAUUUUUGUUACUGUUUCAAAAUGUAGUUUGACAGACUGGUGCCGAAGUUUCAGAUUGAAAGGUUCAGCAUUGUUUGGUUGUGCUUUAUUAUGAUAAUGCCCAAUGCUAAAUUUGUAAAUAUCACAAUUUCUGAGUUCUUGUACAGAUCUUUUUUUAUUUCAGCACAUUUUAUUAUUUUAUAAAAUGUUUAGAAAAGAUGUUAAUUAUGAAUGCAAGGAUAAUGUAAAUACUUUUUUUUUCAAAGUAUGGAAGAUGAUGUGCAGUCAGUUCAUGCCAUGAGGGUAAUUAUAUACAUGUAGUUAUAAAUGAUUAUAAAAAAGUUCUCCACAAAAAUAUUUCAGGUGAAAAUGCAUAGAAUUCAUAUUUUAAUUUAGUGGAAAGAAUAAAGACUAUCAUCCCUUGAUAUUAACAUGUACCGGUAUCAAGAUCUUAACUUAUUCCUGCCAAGUAGUCCUAGACACCUUUAAUGUAGAAAAUGUGGCACAAACAUUAUUUCUGAAUACUUAACAGUUUGCAAUUUUAGAGAUGAUAAACUAUACGGCAACUUGUUGAUACUGUAAAGUGUCCACUGUAGAUGCUUGAGAAACAUUCUACUAUUAAACAUAAAGUUCAGGCCUGUGUAUUGUGCUAGGACUGUCAGUGCUGUGUUGGAACAUUCCAUGUUUACGUACUCUCCUGUUGUAUAGUGACUUCUCUGCUGUCUCCUCAUUUUUUAAUUAUUAAUAAUAUCAUAGCCAAGUUUGGUUUUUAUAAGUUUAAUUUUGAAAUUAUUUUUAUUUCCAGUCUUAUUCUCUCUUUUUUCAGUGUAAUUGAAAAUCAUCCUAUUUAGUAUUUUGUUGUUUAAGAAAAUGGAAAAAAAUAUAUAUGUAAACUUUGAUAUAUUUCAUGUUGCACUUAAAUCAUUUAAAACUGUUAAGUUGUUGAAAGUUACAUAAUAUUAAUACGAAAUCCACAUGUAUAAGAUUAAUUGAGAGAACGUUUUGUCUGCCCAGUUCUGUAUUGUGAUCGAUAUUGACAAUAGCAAAUACGUGAAAUCAAGUAAAACAUGGUUGAAUUAUUUAAUUGCAUGAACGUCUGUUUAACUGUGCUGUUUAAAUUGAUGUAUUGUGUGUCAAAAUGGCAUAAAUUUUAUAAUAAAUCAUCAACAACACAA